AUGGCGGAACCGGUAAACACCCCCAUGCCGCCCAGCACGCCGGUGUCGGCGACGACCCCGCGAUCAGGGUCGCCUGCGCCGCCCGUGCCGAGCCUCACGCCGAACGCGACCAUGACGACGAUCCCGCUGCAUCGUAAGUCGCUGGACGGCGGCGGUGGCGGCGGCAGCGGCGGCGGCUCGGCGGCUGCACCGAUAAAACGGCCCGUCGUGCUCCACAUCGGCGACCCCAUCAAGUACAACCCUGCCACGUACGCCGAGUUCAGCCAGGCCUUCGACGUGGUGCGCCCCGCCGCCGCCGAACGCGAGCGCGCCGAGUUCGUGCGCGCCCUCAAGGAGCGCCGCUGGGGCGACUUCGGCGCAAUCUUCCGGCCCUUCUGGGGCACCGGCGGCGAGAUGGGCCGCUGGGACGCCGAGCUCAUUGCCCUCCUGCCGGACUCGGUGAGGAUCUUCGCCAGCGCCGGCGCCGGGUUUGACUGGGCCGACACCCGACUGCUGGGCGAGAAGGGGAUCAUCUACUGCAACUCCGGGCUCGCAGCCGCCGAAGCCGUCGCCGACUUUGCCGUGGCCAUGGUGAUAUCGACGUUCCGCCACCUGCCGUGGUGCAUUGGCGCCGCGACACUCCCGCUGCUCGCGGCACCGAGCUCGUCAGACAAUGCCGCCGCCGCGACAGAAGCCGAGGCGCGCCGCAUCUUCCAGCUGUGCCACGCGCAGGCGACGGCCGUGAGCCACAACCCGCGCGACCACGUGCUGGGGCUGAUCGGCUUCGGCAACAUCGGGCAGCAGAUCGCGGCCAAGCUGGGCCACGCGGCCUUCGGCAUGAAGAUUGCCUACUUCGACGUGAUCCGCAAGCCGGCGGGCGUCGAGGCCGCGCUGGGCGCGACUUUCUAUCCCACGCCGGAGGAGCUGCUCACAGCAUCUGACUGCGCCGUGCUGUGCACGCCGGCGUCGACCGACGGGCGCCCGCUCGUCACGCGCGAGCUGCUCGCCGCCGCGCGUCCCGGCACGCGCUUCGUCAACAUCGCGCGCGGCUCGCUCGUCGACGAGGACGCGCUAGCCGACGCGCUCGAGUCGGGCCGCCUCGGCUCCGCCGCGCUCGACGUGCACGCCGAAGAGCCUCGCGUCAACCCGCGCCUCGUGCGCCUCGCCGGCCUCGACUCCCCCACCCCCGGCCGCGUCAUGCUGACGUGCCACAACGCCGGCGGCACCGUCGAGACCCACGUCGGCUUCGAGGAGCUCAGCAUGCGCAACAUCCUCGCCGUGCUGCACGGCAGGCCGGCCAUCACCCCCGUCAACCUGCAUUUCCUGCCCUCGGGCGCGGCGUGA